AUGGCCGCCAGCACCGGCAACUCGCUUGCCGCGCUGCUAUCCCAGACGCACCUCGACGACCACGACGAAAUCCUCAAAGCAGCGAAUGCCCAGCUCGCCAAGUCAAAAAGCGACCUCGACGCGCAGCACGUCCGCACCGUUGCCCUAGUCAAGCUCGACCGCUUCGACGAUGCGCUGCGCCAGAUCGAACAGGGCGGCGAUGCGCUGAAGAAGCGGGUGCCAUUGGAACAUGCCUACGCGUUGUACAAGACGGGCAAGCUCGCCGAGGCCGAGAAGGUCGCCGCCGAUGCCGUGGCCAGCAGCAAUGACGGACGCGGCGCCCGGCAUGUCCUCGCGCAGGCGACGUACCGCGGUGAGAACUUCGUGCGCGCCGCCGACGUGUACAAGGAGCUGGCGGCGCGGCCGCAGGACGGCGAGGGCUUCGAGCACUACAACGACCUGCGCAUCAACAGCCUGGCCGUCGACGCGCAGUUGCAAUGGCAGUCAGGCCAUGGCCAGCAGCUGGCGGAGAAGUGGAGCAGAGGCAAAGUCAACCGGGAAGACCUGGAGGCGUUCGAGACGGCGUACAAUGCGGCGUGCAGCAGCAUCGCGUGCGGCGAGUUCGGGCAGGCCGACGUGCUGCUGAAGCGCGCAAAGGCCCUGUGUCUGGCGUCCGAGGACCUGUCCGAGGAGGACAAGAAGGCCGAGAUCAUGCCCAUCAUCAUCCAACAGAUCUACGUACUACACAAGCUGCGCAAGUUUGACGAGGCGGCCAAGCUUGGAGAAGAGGUCUCAUUACAAGAGUAUGACCUCUCGACGAGACACAUCGCCCGAAUCAACGGUAUGGCCAACGUCACCGAGGACCCUAAUCCUUACCUGAGCUGGCGCAACAUGCAGCAGUCGGCGAAGCUUCCGGUCAACGACAAGCCGUUCUCUUUCCAGUCCAACAUUCUGGACCACAACUGCCAUGUUAUGGGCCUUUCAUCCAACAAGCACAGGGGAGUUGCCAGCACUACUCUGAACAAGAUCUCUGCCGACCCGGUCGCCUCAACCUCUCCGCUUAUCACCAACCUCUCGGUCGUGAACGCUGCAGCACACGCAAAGGGUGCACGUGGUAAAGCCGGUAUCAAGGAGCUUCUCCCGCUCAUCAACAAGCGCCCUUACGAUGUCGGCCUCGCUCUCACUAUCGUACAAAUCUACGUCAACGAGGGUAACUACGGCGCAGCCACGCCCCUUCUCGAAAACUUCCUGGUCCGGCUCGAGAACAGCGGCAACCCGGAUGUUCUGCCCACCCGCUUCGCCCCGGGCAUCGUCGGCACCCUGGUGGCCCUCUACGCGCACGCCGGUCGCCGCGGCUCUGUCCGCAACGAACUGACCAAGGCUGCGAACUACUGGAUGGACAACAGCGCCACCAAACCGCCUCCCGCCUCGCUCCUCCGCGCCGCAGGAGCUUCCCUACUUGAGUCCUCCAGGCCGGCCGACCUCGAGCAGGCUGGCAAAAUCUUCUCCGCACUCCUCGCGGCCGACCAAUCCGACCGCGGCGCCGCCGCAGGCCUGGUCGCCUCGUACGCGUCAACGCACCCGGAGAAGAUUGAGGCCGCGCAGCUUGAAGCCCUGACGCCCGUAGCCCGCCUCGUCGCCGACGUCGACAUCGACGCGCUUGAGAGCGCUGGCGUGGCCACCACCGCCCCGUCACAGCAGCCGCAGACCAGCGCAAAGAGGGCUGCGCCGAAGGACAAGAAGCCUGAGGACGAGCGCAAGAGCAAGAAGAUCCGGAAGAGCAGGCUGCCUAAGGACUUUGAUCCCAACAAGAAGGUCGAUGCUGAGAGAUGGUUUCCCAUGCGUGACCGCAGCUACUACAAGCCCAAGGGCCGCAAGGGCAAGUUGCGGCAGGCGGGCUUGACACAGGGUGGCAUUGUGGACGAGAAGCAGCAGCAGGGCGGUAACAGUGGCGCCCAGCAGACUGGUGGAGGAGGUGGCGGUGGCGGUGCUAAUAAGAAAAAGAAGAAGGGCAAGAGGUGA